UGGAGUUGGGAUGGGGUGGGAUGGGAUGGGAGAGACAAGCAGAAGAUCGGAGCUCCUAUGCCUGAAAACCCGAACACUCCAAAAGCUGUGCAACUCUUUUCUUGCAACGAAUCCAUGCCAAAAGUGCACGCAGCACUGCAAUGGUUACCCAAAAGAUCGCGUUUUUACCUUUUUACCUGAAUAAGAAAGGUAAGAUCCGCCUGUAGCCACGACGAGAUGAAGUUCGGCAAGAAUAUAUGCAUCUUGAACGUCGGCGGCACCAAAUACGCGUUCACCCGAGAGGUGAUAAAGGAUUUCCCUCUUAGGAGAGUGAGCAGGUUGCACAGCUGCUCGUCGGAAAAGGAGGUGCUGGAGGUGUGCGACGACUACGACCGCGAGCGCAACGAGUUCUUCUUCGACCGUCACUCCGAGGCGUUUGUGUUCAUCAUGCUGUACGUGCGCUCAGGGAAGUUGCGCUUCGUGCCGCGGAUGUGCGAGCUCUCCUUCUACAACGAGAUGAUCUACUGGGGGCUGGAGAGCUCGCACCUGGAGUUCUGCUGCCAGCGGCGCCUGGACGACCGCAUGUCCGACACGUACACGUACUUCUCGGAGGAGGACGGACGGGCCGAUGAGGAGUCGCGAGCCGGCGACGAGGAGUCGGACGCGAGAGGCUCGUGCGCGGAGGGCGCAAACCCGGGCUGGCUCGAGCGCAUGCGGCGGACCUUCGAGGAGCCUGCGUCCUCCGUGGCCGCACAGAUCCUCGCAUCGGUCUCUGUGAUUUUUGUCAUAAUUUCCAUGGUCAUCCUGUGCGCCAGCACCCUACCUGACUGGGACACAGCCAAGAACAACACAGUCGAGGAGCACAGGAUCAUUGAAGCGGUAUGCAUUGGCUGGUUCACUGCCGAAUGCAUAGUACGUUUCAUUGUCUCAAGGGACAAAUGUGAGUUUGUACGGCGGCCUUUGAACAUCAUCGACCUCCUGGCUAUAACGCCUUACUAUGUAUCAGUGGCCAUGACGGCCCUUACUGGGGAAAACCCGCAGCUUCAAAGAGCAGGAGUCACACUACGUGUGCUGAGGAUGAUGCGCAUCUUUUGGCUCAUUAAGCUUGCACGCCACUUCCUUGGUCUGCAGACACUGGGGCUGACACUGCGCCGCUGCUACCGUGAGAUGGUCAUGCUGCUGGUGUUCGUGUGUGUUGCCAUGGCCAUCUUCAGCGCUCUGGCUCAGCUUCUAGAGCACGGGCUAGACCUGGAAAGCAGCAAUGAGGACUACGCCAGCAUCCCGGCAGCCUGCUGGUGGGUUAUUAUCUCCAUGACCACCGUAGGCUAUGGAGACAUGUAUCCCAUCACGAUGCCGGGUCGCGUGCUGGGUGGUGUGUGUGUUGUGAGUGGCAUUGUGCUCCUGGCUCUCCCAAUUACCUUUAUCUACCACAGCUUUGUGCAGUGCUACCACGAACUCAAAUUCCGCUCAGCACGCUGCGUGCGAAGUCUCUCUGCUGAGUUUCUCAACUGAUGUUGGUUUUCUCUGGGACAUACUGGUCCACAGCCCAGCUCCAUUACCCCUCAUCUGAUCUUUCUGUGCCUUUGUUUUAAAACCAAUUAACAGCCUCAUUAAUUGUAAACUAAAUGAUUUACGGAAAAAUGACUACUAACGACUACUACAAUGCAGGAUCUCUACAUGUUGAAGUUUAAAUGAUAGCUGGUACCUCAGACAACUGUGAUUCAUACUUUGAUUGUAAGCGACAGAAGAAAAAUACAAAAAAGCCCAAUUUGGAUCGCAUACAGUAAUCAUAGCUGCCCAAAGGGACUUCACAGAAGAGUGGUCAAUUUACACCCACAUCCUUAUGAAAACCAAUGAAACUGACCCAAAGAGACAUCAUUUACUGUGUUUGGUGAUAUUUAAAAAGGACAACUGUGGCAACAGCCGGCACCAGAUGGAUUGGCGGCCUAUGAGGGGCAUCUGGCAAGCCUUUUCGGGUCUUAAUAGAUCUCCAGACCUUUUCCUCAAAAGCCUUGGCCUGGCUUAACAAAACGAAACACUUUGUAACCAUUGAAAAAUUUCUUCAGUCUUCAGUCCAAUCAAAAUUAUUCUCAAACUUUGACGAAAGGAAGAACAGAAAUAGGUCAUAUAAGAAAACUGAUAUUUAUAGCGACUCUUGGGAUUUUUUGGAAAGUUUAAAAAAAGAGCCUGCAGCAAGGUGUAGUCCUAGUUAAUGGCAUUAUAUGUGAAACAAAAUUCCAGCCAGUGCUUCAGCCACAUUAUGAAGAGCUGACCCUUAACUUAAAAAAACAAACAUCAGAUGUUGAGCUACACAAGGAAAAAGCCACCACCUGCCCAUAUCUCAAUCGAAGGAGAUGACUGUGCGGACGGAGAGGUGUUAACCAAAUUGAUUAGCAAACACCUCACCCACACACUCAGCAGUCAGAGAGCUGUCACUCUCCUCCUCCUUCACUAUACACAUAGCAAGCACAAAACCUAGCCUAUCUCCAACACUAGCUACAAUCUAUUCUGUGUUUAGGCAGAUAUUGAAAGCAAAUAAACAGUUCAUUUACUUGUAUGUUUGUUUAUUGAUAGUAUCAAAUAUUAUGUUGGAGAAAAACUGAAAACGAAUGCUACUUUAUUAAUGGCGCAUGCAACGGGUUAUCUCAGACUAAUGCUAAUACCAUCAUAGAAAACCAUUAUGAAUGACGUUUGCAUUGCUCAGUAGAUAUAAAAUAAAAAAAAGGAAAAGAAAGGAAAAAAAGAUGGUCCUGCACAGGUAUAAUAUUGUUAAUUUUACUCAGUGAGCACCAUCUGACCAGAUAUACUAAUGGAUACACUGGACUGUCCUAAACAUAAGAAGACAGUGUUAUAGGUUAUGUUUACAUUAGCACGUUUGUGUCCAACUAUAUUAUAUAUUUAUUAAGUUUACAGUUGAGUGCAAAAGUUUGCAAACCCUUUGACAAAACGGAUACAAAGCGGAUACAAAUAUAAUGAAAUUAUAGUAGAAGACGUCCCAAUGGGGGAAAUAACGUCAGAAGAAUAAUUUAAAAAGAAAAGGAAAAAAAGAUAAAAAAAUAUAUUAAGAAUAACUACCCUUUAAAUGUCAAUCUUUUACCUCUUCAGCUGUCUCUAACUUCUUUUAUGUUCGAAAAAAAAAAACUUUCACUAUCAGAAUAUUAAGGAAAGUGAAGGAGAGGAUUUGCUAUGUUUUACCAUUCACCAACAAUUCAUUUAUAUAAAGUAUAAAUAUACUGUAUAUAUUGUGAAUGUUGUAUACAUAUUUGGACAGACAAGUUAUUUUCCCAUCAUGUCUAUAAAAGAGAGUAAAGACCUAUUUUUAUACUUUAAUAAUGCUCAGAUUUGAAAUUGUCAGUGGCAAGUGAACAGUAAAUAUAUUUAAGUAGUUUUAGUAUAUUAUUUUGUAUUAUUAUUAUUUCGUAUAUUACUAAUAUAAUGUGCAAUAUAAUGGGGACAUGAACCUGAAUGCAGACUGGACAUUUACUACUUUUGUACUAUUACAGCUAAUGUUCUAAUUUUGUAGAAUUGUAUACAUUAGGCUUGAAUCACAGAUCUUGUUUAUUCAAAUGUGUCUGCAGAUCACAGUAAAAUAUAAUUUAAAUACUCUAGAAUGUAUUUAUAAUACUCUAGAGGCUUUAUGAUUAUAUAUAUUUUUCUCUCUGCCUAUCUUUUCUUGGGAAACCAAUGGGAAUACAAACUUUUGCAGUCAAUUGUAUACUUUUCUGCCUCUAUAGAGGAUAUAAUACAAACAUUUACCACUGGCAAAGAUUUGUUUCAUGUCUUUCAGCAUCUCUGUGCUCAUUGGGUUAUUUUUCGGACCACAUUGCACCGUUUGAAACAUUCUGCUUUGUAACUGUGAAGCUAGGAAUAUUGCAAAAUUGCAUCAAAUACUUUAUGCAGAUAUCUGAUUUAGAAAGAUAAACCUGAAAUCAUAUAUGUUUGUUGUGUAAUGUAAAUGUACUUGUCUUCUGCUAAAGAAACAUUUGUAAAUAUGUUUUAUAUUUAGCUUACAUUUUUGGCAGGCUUUAAUGCAGAAAUAUUUGGA